GAGAGGUAUAGCUCUGCUGUGAUACGGCCCUAUAAAUCUACCGGCAGGACCACCUUCCAUUUAAAGACAACCUCCUCCUUACUUCAGUUCUCACUAGUGAUGUCGCCUGUUUGUGUUGUGAACCUGUAAAGAGAGAGGCAGAAGCCGGCUCUUUUUUUUACCUUCUUUGAUUCUUCUUUUGUUUCUUCAGUUGUUACCUUUCCCUUUUUAUUUUAGUAUUGUUGUUAUUAAGACACACUAGUGUUUUAUUAUUACUGAACCUUUUUUUUUCUUAUACUUUUUAUUUAUUUUUUUUGUUUGCGACAAUAAUAUCAAGUUUACGGGGUUGAUCUUGCAAAGGCUGGCUGCAAGUAGUAUUUUUCAGUUGUGUAAGAGAUAUAGUGACAAUUUUGGCUUUAGCUCUCCUAGUAAGGACGUCUUUAACUUUAUAUAUAAACGACAGCAACUCCAAACUAACAUGGCAGUCAGACUGUGUGAUGUGGCCUCUCUGCUUAGAAGUGGUUCGUGGGCAGCAGAGCCUUGGACUGGGCAGGUGAUUGCUGCCAUGGAAACACAGCUGUCCAAUGGACCCAGCUGCAACACAACCAAUGGUCCCAGUGCCAUCACAAAUAACUGCUCAUCACCAGUGGAAUCGGGAAGCAUAGAGGACAGUAAAACUAACUUGAUAGUCAACUACCUGCCUCAAAACAUGACACAGGAGGAACUGAAGAGCUUGUUUGGGAGCAUUGGUGAAAUCGAGUCAUGUAAACUAGUACGAGACAAAAUAACAGGGCAGAGCCUAGGGUAUGGAUUUGUGAACUAUGUGGACCCAAAAGAUGCUGAAAAAGCCAUCAAUACAUUAAAUGGCCUGAGACUUCAGACUAAAACAAUAAAGGUUUCCUUUGCCCGUCCAAGCUCAGCUUCCAUUAGAGAUGCAAAUCUGUAUGUGAGUGGACUUCCAAAAACCAUGACUCAGAAAGAACUGGAGCAGCUCUUUUCUCAGUAUGGACGCAUCAUUACCUCUCGUAUUCUGGUGGACCAAGUUACUGGGGUGUCCAGGGGUGUUGGUUUCAUCCGGUUCGAUCGAAGAAUUGAAGCAGAAGAAGCCAUUAAAGGCCUUAAUGGUCAGAAGCCUCCUGGUGCCACAGAACCAAUUACGGUGAAGUUUGCAAAUAACCCAAGCCAGAAAACCAGCCAGGCGCUGCUGUCACAAUUGUACCAAUCUCCAAACAGAAGGUACCCAGGACCCCUUGCUCAACAAGCUCAGAGGUUCAGGUUGGACAAUCUUCUUAACAUGGCUUAUGGUGUAAAGAGCAGGUUUUCCCCUAUGACCAUUGAUGGAGUAACAAGUUUGGCUGGAAUCAACAUCCCGGGGCAUGCUGGAACCGGAUGGUGCAUCUUUGUGUACAACCUUGCCCCUGACGCGGAUGAGAGCAUCUUAUGGCAAAUGUUUGGACCAUUUGGCGCUGUAACCAAUGUCAAAGUCAUCCGUGACUUCAACACAAACAAGUGCAAAGGUUUUGGAUUCGUCACCAUGACAAACUAUGAUGAGGCAGCAAUGGCAAUAGCCAGUCUGAAUGGAUAUCGUCUAGGGGACCGAGUAUUGCAAGUUUCAUUUAAAACCAACAAAACGCACAAAGCCUAAUGUCUCCUCAGUUUCUUUAUAUAAAACUAUACAAAAAGGCAAGUUAACGUAAACUUUAUACAUAGGUCAAAGUCUUUGUAAGUCUGUGUUUUAUGAAGGGAAACAAACAUGAAUGUUUAGCGUCCUACAAAUCUUUUUUUUUUUAUUGCUAGUCUGACUUGAAAAUUCUUAAAUAUCUUUUAUGUUUAAAUGUAGGAAAAAGCAGGUUUGUUACCUGUCCAUGUUGCAUUCUAUUACCUUCUUUGAAGAAGGUGGACCUUUUAAUGUUUCAGCUAAGGUAAACCUUUUUUUUUUUUUUUUUUUUUCUGUUGCAUAACUGCUUUGAAAGACUAAGGCUUUGUGUUGUGAUUUUAUUUAUUUAUUUUGUUUUCUCAGUAAGUGUUUUGUUUGGUCUUUUUGGUGCAUUGGCCUUUCAGUGAUUUUGUUGAAAGAUUUGAGUUUUAGCUCAUUUUAUGUUUACAUAUUUUAUUUAGUGAAAUUGUAUUUUGGGUUAUGGAUGGGCUAUUGCUUAUUGUAAGAUUACUGGAAAACCAUUUUUCGUAAAGCAGUACCUUGCCAAAGAGCUAAGAACCUCUUUGAUGUGGGUUUAAAAAAAAAAAAAGCAUCUAUUUUUAUAUUAAAAAAAAAAAAAGAAA